GAUGUGGAUGUGGAUGUGGAUGUGUAUGUAUAUGUACAGGUCGAGGUGGGUCGCGCUUGUUUAUUUGAGUGGAGAGAAGGAAGGAAGGUGAGUGGCGGCCGAAGGAGCGGGGUAAAGGGGUGAAAGGCAUUCGGGCUAGAAACGGUUGGUUGGUUGGGUGCAUGGGUGCAACUAUCGGCUUUGGACAGAUAUAGGGACAAGAGCAAGGACAAGGACAAGGACAAGAACGAGAGGCCAAAUCAUGCACAGGACACUGCAACAGUUGACAAGAGUGCGUCAGCAGCUCGCACGCAGGACAGACCAGUGCACACUCACAACCAUCCAUAAUCCAACAUAUCGAUCCCAUGGAGCAAGCAGAGUCUGGCGAGCCAUUCCUCCGACGCAUUCGGCCACUCGCUUCUCCACCUCUGCAAUAUGCCAGGCCGUCAGGACCAUGAACCUCGACGACCUCGAAGUAGAUACUCUGGAUGAACCGAAAACUCGUCAGAAAACCUCAAUACCACCGCGGCCAUCGUUACUAUCACCAUCUAAUGUUGCAACGCAAUCAGCGUCCGAGCAGGAGGCCUCCGAAUUUUUCGAUCCAACUAUUGUCGCCCCAGAACAGAUUAAAGAGUUCAGAGAUCUCUACGAACAGGUCCGGCACUCCAAGGACCCUGACGAUCAGGAAAAGAUCCUAUUCGCUUACAGGUCCAUCGCAGAUGACCCCGACAUUUUUUCUCAACUUCAGCCUAUCGACUUUAUGUACGCACUCAAUUCCUGCAGAAAUCUCCUCAAGGUUGUCCCUCGGAUGCGCCGGAUCCUCGAGGAUGUCGAGAAGGCCGGCUUUGGUAAUAUUCCUGAGAUGUAUCAUAUCCUCCUCAAGGUGUACGUCAAGCUAUCGGACUUCAAGAAUUGUGGCAACCUUGUCGAUGAGAUGAAGCGCAAGGGAGUCGAUUUCAACACCGCGACCUAUCAUAUUUUGCUCGACGUCUGCAGGCACGAGAGGAGUCUCCGGAACGCUGUCGGCUUGUUGGCUCAGAUGCGGAAGCGCAAUGUCGAGGUCACGGCCUCAACCUACCUGAUCAUGCUGACCAUCUGUGCUCGUGUCAAGAACGCACGGCUGGCGAGGGAGUACUUUGACGAAAUGCCACUCCUGGGACUCGAGCAGGAGCCGGUCCAUUACAACGCUUUGCUGAAUGCCUAUGCACACGCACGCAACCUCGACGGUGCUAAGCAGGUGUUCCGGAUGAUGGAGGAUGAUGGCAUCCCCGUGGACUAUUACACCUAUACGGCCAUGAUCAAGGCUCUAAAGGGCGCCAGGCGAUAUGUCGAGGCUAACACGUUGGUCAGCAGCCUGGGGGCGAACGGGACGAAACCGAACGCCAAGAUUUUGGUCGCCCAGGGCAAGGAACCCUUAGAUAUCAUGAAUGAGUGCACCAGCAAUAAUGUUGAGAUGGCCCAGCACGAUUUCAAUAUGCUGAUUAUUCAGGCCCUCAAGCGUAAUCGGUUUGCUCAGGUACCAGAACUCAUGGAGCAAAUGCAGAAGCGUGGACAUCGACCCAAUGUUUUCACCUUCACAGCUAUGAUCGACGCGGAUAUCAAAAUGGGCAAGUACUACGAGGCCAAGGAGAUCUUCCAGGCGAUGCAACAGGCCAACAUCCAGCCGGACGUGAUCGCAUACUCCGCCAUGAUCUCAGGCGCACUGUCUCAGGCGAGCGUGAACGAGUCCCUAGAGCUCCUCAAGGCCAUGGUCGGUGACGGUCUCCUGCCCAACCUGCACACCUUCAACUCCUUACUCUCCGCCAGUGUAGGCGAGAUUGGAAUCGACUCCUUGAAGGUCAUUCGCGAAACAAUGCAGGCACUUCAUAUCCGACCGGAUCAGCGAUCUUUCAACGCCCUGCUAUCUGCCUACGCCCUCCAAGGAGACAUGGAUGAGAUGUUGCGAUCAUUGGAGGACAUGAAGCGAUCUAAAGUCGCCCCCGACGCUCUCACGUAUUCGAUCCUCAUCUCGGGGUUUCUUCAGAACGGUGACCUGCGAUACGCCAUGGAGUGGUACUACAAGAUGAUGGAUGGAGGAUUCGUGCCUGCAACCUUUGUGUUCAACAACUUGAUGGCGGCCCUGCACGGAUCCGGUCAAGGUCAGCAAGUUCUUCUGAUGUGGGCUGAGAUGGAUCGUAUUGAUAUUAAGAAGAAUGAGCAAUCGUUCGAGAUUGCGCUGGAGGCCUGCGAAAAGUUUGAUCUGCACGAUGCACGCCCACAGAUCGAGGAGCAGCUGAAAACAUAUCUCGCAUCCCGAUACCUCUCCGGCUCUAAGAGGCAUUAA